CAGGCGCGACAGGUGGCGACGAGGGAGGCCGCGGCUGCUGGGGCUCCGCCUCUGUCUCCUCCUCGGCCGAAGCCCACGUCGCGCCAAGAGCCGCCGGAGAAGGAGGAGCCGCGGCGGCGGCGGCGAGCGGGAGAGGCCGGGGGCUGCGCGCCAUGAACGCCAAGCGCACCGAGAGCGACUGGCAGGGGCUGGUGAGCGAGUACCUAAUAUGUAAAAGGAAGCUAGAAAGUAAGAAGGAAGCCCUGCUAAUCCUUUCCAAGGAACUGGACACGUGUCAACAGGAAAGGGACCAAUACAAGCUGAUGGCAAAUCAACUCCGGGAAAAGCACCAGUCCCUGAAAAAGAAGUACCGGGAACUGAUUGAUGGGGACCCAGCUCUUCCUCCGGAAAAAAGGAAACAGGCCAAUCUUGCCCAACUUCUAAGUGAUUCGCGGGAUCGGAAUAAGCAUCUGGGAGAAGAAAUCAAAGAACUUCAGCAGAGGCUGGGAGAAGUGCAAGGAGACAAUAAGCUCCUCAGAAUGACGAUAGCCAAGCAGCGGCUGGGGGAUGAGGAAGUCGGAGCGCGUCAUUUUGCACCCCAUGAGCGGGAAGACCUCGUCCAGCAGUUGGAGAAAGCGCGAGAACAAAUUGAGACUUUGCAGCAUGAUCUUCAAGGAGCCUUGGAUGAGCUUCAGGACAUAAAAGAGGAGCGUUCUUUCUACCAAGACAAAUCCGACAGAUUAAACCAAGAGCUGAAUCAUGUCCUUGGAGGGCACAUCAACCGCAUCAUUGACGUCGAUGCCCUCUGCAUGGAGAACAGAUACCUUCAUGAGCGAUUAAAGCAAAUUCAAGAGGAGGUCAACCUUCUAAAAUCAAACAUUGUGAAGUAUAAGAAUGCAUUAGAGAGAAGAAAAAAUUCCAAGACUAGUAGUAAGUCGAAUAGCAGUGCACUAACCGGAGUCCUCUCUGCGAAGCAAGUUCAAGAGUUGUUAUCAGAAGAUCAUGGAUGUAGCCUGCCAGCCACACCACAGUCCAUUUCGGAUCUUAAAUCUUUGGCUACUGCUUUAUUGGAGACAAUUCAUGAGAAAAACAUGGUCAUUCAGCAUCAGAGGCAAACCAACAAAAUUCUAGGCAACCGUGUAGCAGAACUGGAAAAAAAGUUGAGAACCUUAGAGGUCUCUGGUCUGUGGAGUCUUCCAGGCCUGAGCUACAAAGUCUCAGUGGGAUUUGGGAGUGGCAAGGAUACGAUCACAUUCAGCGACACUGCUCUUCCAGUCAUCCAUAGGUCUCAGUCGCCCUUGUUAACUUUCACCGAGAAGCCCCAAGAGAAGAAAGAAGACAGAUCAGCCGGGGGACUGGAAGAAAUGUGCGCUGUCAAAACAGAUUUGUCGUUGCCAAAGAAAACAGCCGCUGCUUCCGAUGAACCGCACACCCGCCAAAACAACUGCAUCAAGCCCAGCCUUUUUCCACAGUCGUUACCUGGGUUUCCUCCUGACAAAGACAAUGCAAAUGGGGUCGGGAAUGAGAUCAUUACGCUGACAGAAGUACAGGCAGCUGCGGAGCUGGAAGAGAGCAGAGCGCAGUGCCGGACUGAGAGACAGACGGCAGGUCAGCCAGAGCGCAGCAGCUUCUCUGAAGGAGAGUCCCCCUCUGCCAGCCCUCAGCCUUCCGACUCCACAGAGUCAGGCAACGCAGAUGAAAACCAGUCUCUGGAAGAAGAGGACAACGAGAGCUCGGACAGCGACGCCGAGCACCUAAGCGGCAAAAAGGGUGAAACCGGGGGCAGGCCAGAUGCCGGAGACAGCCGGAAGUUUGAGGACCUCAUUCUUCCAAAUCCAGACUUGAGUUACGCCCCGGAUGAUUCCCCUGAAGCUGAGAGAGAGAGUCCACUCGGGCGGGACUCGUUAUGAAUAUUUCAACCAUCAUGCCGUUUGCGGAAGGGUUGCAUUCCGCGAGUCCUCCAGAUUUCCCAAUUGCCUCCUUUUGGCUGCUGUUAAUAUAGAGGCCGAGUAGGCGUUGAUAUCAGAGCGGGCCUCCCAGGGUUUGUCUGUCGUAAAAGGUUUCCUGACUGACGUUCACGAUGGUAUGUUUAAUAUUAAAAAAAAAAAUAGAUUAACAUAAAAAAUAGAGCAGGAUUAAAAGGAUGGCUUUCGAAACUCCAGCCUCUGCUAUGCACCGUGAUUAACAUUGCAUAAUGAAGAAUAGAUUCGUCA